AUGGGUCGAAGACCGUGUUGUUCAAAGGAGGGAGUCAAGAGAGGGCCGUGGACUGCUCAAGAAGACAAGUUGCUUGCGGAUUAUAUCAGAGCUCACGGUGAAGGCAAAUGGAGUAGCGUUCCGAAACAAGCAGGGCUUAAGAGAUGUGGGAAGAGCUGUAGGCUUCGGUGGUUGAAUUAUCUGAGGCCGAAUAUCAAGCGAGGCAACAUUACACAAGAUGAAGAAGACCUAAUUAUCAGGCUCCACAAACUCUUAGGCAACAGAUGGUCUCUAAUAGCGGGGAGAAUUCCAGGGCGAACAGACAAUGAAAUCAAGAACUACUGGAACACCAACUUGUGUAAGGAACCACCGCCAAACAAUUUUGUACCAUGUAGACCAUCCAAGGUGGCCUCCUCAGACCCACAACAACAGUCCAAAGCUGAAGUCAAAUCAAGCAACGUCCCCAAAUACAAUAAUCAGAAUGCCGAAUCAGAAUGCAGUGAAGGGUCACUAUCGUCAUUGGCGACAACAAGGGAAGAAGAAGACUAUUCUUCUCAUGACUUGUGGAUGAAUUUUUACACGAGGGAAAUGAGCCUUUCACAGUUUCUAGACACUGACUUUUCAAAUCUGAGCAAUUUGUGUGCCGAGGUCAUAGUGGGAGGAUAUUCUAGUACAAAAGCCAUGCAUGACGAUGACGUGGAGGCAGAUUUUGGAGCUCAGCUGGCUGCUGUCACGGACUUAGCUGACGAAUGGAUCGUGUAA